AUGUCAGUCAAAGAAGAUAUCCCAGCUGUUUUUCUUUCCCAAAUUUCUCCUCGUGGUCUUGAAGCUAUCCAGAAAACCAAAGACUUUGUCAAUGACUACUGUAUUCCAGCCGAUGAAAUCUACUUCAAACAGGUCUCUACUGAUCCUGCCAAAAGAUGGAAAACAAUCCCACCUAUUAUUGAGACAUUGAAAUCCAAAGCCAAAGAACUUGGUUUAUGGAAUAUGUUUUUAUCCAAACAUUAUAAGGAAGGUCCACAAUAUACCAACUUAGAAUAUGGUUUGAUGGCUAGAUAUUUGGGUCGUGCACACACUGCUCCUGAAGCUACUAAUACUGCUGCUCCAGAUACUGGUAACAUGGAAUUACUUGCUAAAUACGGUACUCCAUACCAAAAAGAAAAGUACUUACAACCAUUGUUAGAUGGAAAGAUCAGAUCUGCUUUCUUGAUGACCGAAAAGGGCACAUCAUCUUCCAAUGCAUUAAAUAUCUCCACUAGUGCCAAAAAGAAUGCCAGUGGUAACUAUGUUCUUGAUGGUGUAAAGUGGUUUGCUUCAGGUGCUGGUGAUCCAAGGUGUUCUGUUUGGUUGGUCAUGUGUAAAACUGAAGACAAUAAGAAGAACCCAUAUGCAAACCACACCGUGUUGGUUCUUGAUGCCAAGAGAGCAUUGGCUAGCGGCAGGGCCAAAUUAGUCAGACCUUUGCAUGUUAUUGGAUAUGAUGAUGCUCCUCAUGGUCAUUGUGAAAUUUCUUUUGAAAACUACGAAGUUCCUGCUGACGAAAUGCCAAAUGCUGUUUUGGCCGGUAUUGGAAGAGGAUUUGAGUUGAUUCAGUCUAGAUUAGGACCUGGUAGAAUUCAUCAUUGUAUGAGAGCUAUUGGUACAGGUGAAAUUGCAUUGUUGAUCAUUGCUCAUAGAGCUAACCACAGAAUGAUUUUUGGAAAACCAAUGAAAGACAGAGAAGGAUUUUUGUCUAAGUUCGGUCAGAGCAGAAUUGAUAUUACCAGAUGCUUGUUAUUGGUAUUAAAUGCUGCUCAUAAAAUUGAUAUUUCCAACGCAAAGGCUGCUCAGAAAGAGAUUGCCAUGGCUAAGAUUGAAACACCAAGAACCAUCUCUGAUAUCCUUGACUGGGGUAUCCAAGUUUUUGGCGCAGAAGGGGUCUCACAAGACACAGACUUAGCUAGAAUGUAUGCUCUCAACAGAACCUUGAGAAUUGCUGAUGGUCCUGAUGAAGCUCACUUGGCACAAUUGGCAAGAAAUGAGGCCAAAAAAUUCCCAGAGGUCGAUAUCUUCUUUGAACAUGUUGCUAGUCAACGUAAUAAAUUAUAG